AGAAAGAAGGCCACGACAAAUUGUCGCGGCGUUUGCGUUUUCUUCACCAAUUCGAGUUAAAUGUUGGACCAGCGAGCACACGCCGUGCGAGCGAGGACCGGUUUCCCGGCCGUGACCUGCCGGGGACUUUGAAUUUUAAACGGGACGAGCGGCGUGAGCAACGGAGAAAGGGUACAGGUUUUUUUUUGCUUCCCCAAGAUGGCUAGCUGUUAGCUCGUGAGCUAACGCUAGCGCAAUAAAACAGGACUUGGCCAGCAAAAAUCAUGAAACGGUUGCUUAUUCUGUCUUUUUUAUUAUGAUUUUUUUGUUGAUGUGAUAAGCUGCUACCUAUCAAAAAUCACAAUUACGGGUGUUUAAUGGGGAAUUCGUGACCUAGAAUCGCGGCUACGAGCGAGCCACUUUUGGUUAACGUGGCUAGGUGGCUACCUAGCACAUCUGUAUGUGAUCAUUUUUACAGAGGGGACGGUGGGACUCUUAAACGGGAAUUCGAAGAGCAGAAAAGACUAGCAUAGCAACCGCUCUUUAUUUUAUUUAUUGGUUUUCCUUUAAUUCCAUGGCGUUGAUUUGGAGACCAAAUCCCGGCGUGACAGACCUGGGCCAGUCACCCAUCUAGAAGCCGUGUGUAGUUGUGACAUGUCCCCGAGGUGGUAGACGUCGUUCUCGCCGUCACCGUGGUCAUUUUUAACCCCUUUUUCUCUUGCAUAUGAACGGUGACGUGCCACCUCACCGGCAGUAGUGUUAGCUAAAUGGCUGCCGAAUCGGGGAGACUACUGGCGGGACAAGGAAAACGAGGCAAAGCCUCACAAAUGAAGAGCCCAGAGAAGAAGAAGGCGAGGAAGUCCACUUCACAGGCGUCGGGGUUCUCGCACCUCACGGAGUUUGCGCCCCCUCCCACGCCUAUGGUGGACCACCUGGUGGCCUCGAACCCCUUUGACGAUGACUUUGGACCACCAUCGCGGCCCGGUGGAGGUGGCGGGCCUGGCGGCGCACCGUUCCUUCCCAGUCCAGGUGCAGGCGGAGGAAGCGGCUAUGGCGGUACAGGCCGAAUGGGCGGCGGCGGCGGCAUGGGUUUCAUGGGGGGGCCGGGUGGCGGACAGCCUGGACCGGGACGCAGACCGCCGUUUGGACCGCCGUCCAACGCUGGACCACCUCACCACCAGCUGGGCUUUGGGGGGAUGCCUGGUUUCGGAGGAGGGGGAGGGAGCGGCGGCGGGGGAGGAAGCGGAGGUAGCGGGUUCCCUCCCGGCGGUCCCUCUCAGUUCAAUAUACCACCAAACUUUAGUCCCCCAAUGCACCCCGGGUCAGGCUUUAACCCCAUGUUGUCUCCAGGUGGCAUGGGAGGUCCUGGAGGAGGGGGUCCACCCCACCCUCGAUUUGGCAUGCCGCCGCAACAGCAACAUGGACAGGGCGGGCACCCGUUCAACAGUCCGCCGUUACCUGGUGGAGGAGGAGGCGGGCCCAGGGGCCCCCUGCAUGGGCCCAUGCCUCCCAUGGGUGGCAUGGGGCCCGGUCAAGGGAUGAACAUGAUGAGUGGGAUGGGUGGUGGUCCUGGAGGCAUGUUGGGGGGAUUGCCAGGCAUGGGCCCUCAUGGACAAUUCCCCCCUUCGCAGGAUGGCUCCUAUCCCGGUCCCAGCCCACCGGGACCCGGCGAUGAGGAUGGAAAAAACUUUGGCGGAGGAGGACCUCCCCCUGGGCCUCAGCAGCAGCAGCAGCAACAGCAGCAGCUUAACUUGAACCCUAACGGGCCCCCUCCUCCUAAUAACGCCACCCCUGGUCCUCCUCCCAACUCUGGUCCACAACAGCCGGGAGGAGACUUCCCCGGCCACCCUGACAUCCAGCAGCCCAAUGCCGGCGCAGCCGGCCCGCCGCCCUCAGUUCAGCCCCAACCCAACCCCAACUCCUCACCCGGCGGCCCCCUGAACGGGUCGGGGCAGCCCCAGCGCCCGCCCUCCAACAAUGCCAACACCCCCAACUCCAACAACUCGGCCCAGCAGCAGCAACAGUCCACUCCGCCCAACUCCGCCCCGGGCUCCGUUUCACACAGCCAGCAGAACAAUACCCCCGGUAGCGCCCUUCCCAUGCCCAACACGGCCCCCAGUUCAGGUCAGAACAACAUGAACAACAACAACGGAGGCAACACCCCCGGCGGCAACCCCAACCCGCCCUCUAACUCCACCUCGACCCCCAACACGCAGUCUCCCUUGCCCCCGGGCCCUUCCGCCCCCUCGGCCGGGCCCGGCUCGGGCCCGGGGAAGCUGGGCGGACCCGGCAUGGUGUUCCCCUGCGGCCUGUGCAUGUCGGAGGUACACGAUGACCAGGACGCCAUCCUGUGCGAGGCCUCGUGCCAGCGCUGGUUCCACCGUGACUGCACGGGCCUGACGGAGCCUGCCUACGGGCUUCUGACCAGGGAGAGCGCUGCUGUGUGGGCCUGCGACUUCUGUAUUAAGACCAAGGACAUCCAAGCUGUGUUUGUGCGCCAGGGACUGGGCCAGCUGGUUGCCGCCAACGAGAGCUGAGGGGGCCCGGGGGACGUUUGACGAGCCCUUUACUCGUACACCACGUAACCAUCGCUUGACAUCCAUCGUUAUAUCUAAAAGUAGCACUUUGAGUGAAAUUAAUGCCCCUCACCGCAACCAUAGGGAAAAGAAAGAAGAAGAAAAAAAAGAUGAAUGUUAACUGACACACUUUUUUCGGACAACCAGCACUGACACCAACACACUACCUCACACACACUGACUGGCGCGCAAGCUCCCGCACGGAUUGAAAACCACCACACAGUAAAAACUGAUGCAAAGUUCAGCAGUUUGAAUUGCCCUCUGUAUCGCCGCCCCCACACAUAUUUAUUAAUGUCACACAAAGAGUGCCUGAUCUUUUCAGAAGUAUUUCUAAUCGUUUUCUGGUCAUCGGGACAUGAAACAAUCACUGUAACAUAAUCGUGUUGAAUCCAAAGCAGAAGCAAGCGGGGCUUACAUGUUGUGUUCUCUCAUACCUCAUCGAGCAGAACUUGUAAAUACAGCGUUAUAUCGGAGCCGACUGAUGAGCAGAACCCACGUUUUAAAAGAAAUAUAUAUACAGUAUAUAUGACAUUCAAGUUAGCCAUUUUGUCCUAGAAUUGUGAACUCUUGCUUUUCGGACAUCCUUAUACUUUGAAAACGUGGCGCAUCAUCAAGCAAUGCAGUAAUUGUCCCGUGUUGAUAUUCUGGCCUUCCCCGGGACACCAAACGACAGGAGAGAGAAAAUUGUCUCUAGUGAGAAUAUCCUUUCACGAUUUAAUGUCCCAAGUUGCCUUUCUUCUUUAUUUUGUCUCGAUUCUUGAAAUUUUGAGCUUUUUGUACCAGUUGAUAUUUGUGCUGUGCUCUGGCGCCCUCUAGCGUAAGAUGGAGGAACAACAUCCGGUGGGAGAAAAGGGUGCAAAUGAGGUGUGUGUGGGAAGGUAUUGAAAAUUGAAGUAAAGCCAAGAUUUUUUUUU